CUGGUUUCAUUUUGAUCCUUUUAAACUGUGAUGGCCUCAAUCAGUAACAACUGGCCAAAUAUGGUAGGACCAUUGUAGCUGUCAUGGCUUGACUUCUAAAUUCUCAGUGUUUCCGAACAGUGUCCUGCGAUGAGCACGGUAGCUCAGUUAGCCUUGUAGAGCCCGCGGUACGUGAGGCUGUCUCCAAACCUAUGGGCAGACACCAGCUACUCAAGGCUACUGCAGUCUGUAGUCCUGUCCUUUGAGUGAUCUUCCAUCUCCCCCUUGGUUCGUUCUGAGGAUGGCUAAAAGUAUUAGGGACAAAUUAGAUAAAUACUGGGGGUUUGGUGGAAUGGCCACUUAGCCUAAAUAUCGUAGGACAUUGAUCCAUGUGAUGAACAAAUCAUGAGUAAAUUGGCCCAGGUUGUCAUUAAUUAUGAUUUAUUUGAAUAAUUUUCACGUAUUAUUUAUUUCUUAAAAUCCAGGACUCUGAUUUUAUGCUGAAUGCCUUUGUUCAUUCAAAGCUCUAAGAGGUAGUGUUUGUCUUUAAGAAUGUGGGCUCUGAGCUACAUAGCUGGCUGGGUUUGGAAUCUGACUUGGCGACCCUUGCACCACAAUCUUGGGCAAAGUAGGUAACCUUUUUGUGUUGACUCAUUUAUGAAGGAGAGUAACGGCACGGCUACCUCACAGGAUCUCUUCAUGAGUAUUAAGUUAAUAUGUGCUGGCAGAGCUGAGGCCAUGGUCAGAAGUUGGUGAUAUGGCAAAGCAGUCCAUAGAGAAGGGUCUUUUGGUUCCUGAUCAUGUGAUCACACGCCUCAUGAUGUCGGAGCUGGAGAGUAGACGCGGCCAGCACUGGCUACUAGACGGUUUUCCUAGGACCUUAAUUCAGGCUGAAGCCCUGGACAAAAUCUGCGAGCUGGACCUAGUGAUCACUUUGAACAUUCCAUUUGAAACACUCAAAGAUCGUCUCAGCCGACGUUGGAUCCACCCCGCUAGUGGAAGGGUAUAUAACCUGGACUUCAAUCCACCCCAUGUACACGGAGUUGAUGACAUCACGGGCGAACCGUUAGUCCAGCAGGAGGACGAUAAACCUGAAGCUGUGGCGGCCAGGCUAAGACAGUACAAGGAUGUGGCAAAGCCAGUCAUUGAAUUAUACAAGAGCCGAGGAGUACUUCACCAAUUUUCUGGGACGGAGACUAACAAAAUCUGGCCCUACGUUUACACGCUUUUCUCGAACAAGAUCACGCCUAUUCAGUCCAAAGAAGCAUACUGAGCCUGCCAAAUGGAAGAACCAGGAAAAUGUCGUCCGUUCAGUUGUGUGUGUAGUAUCGGUGCUGUGUCCAAGGUAGAAGCUAAUGGGGAUAGCUCACAGCGUCUUUUCUAGUUUAAAUGGCGAACUGAAAUGAAAACGAAUGAGUAGAAAGCGUUCCUGAAGCGGCUCCUCUAUGCCUUUCUCGAGAAGGGUCACCAACACAUGCGUACGAUGCCUCUGCACGUCUCAAGCUUUUCCCAAGAAAACAAGCCCAGGCCAGGCUUCUGGCGGCAUCUAACCCCAACCUCUAGCUGAUCUCUGGCCCUCAUGUUGUUGCCGUAGUAGCCUUUUUGCGCGUGACGGUGUUGGCCUCUGGUGCCCUCCGUCUCCCGAAGGCUGUUGAACCACAGCGCCAGGCUGCCUUGUCCCGAGAUUUCUGGUAUGUGCCCUUCCUGGUGACCGUGCGCUUGAAGCCAGUUGCUUUUUGUGGUUGCUUCUCUGGCCUUGAGUGAUUGUCCAUGAUUUAUUUUUCCUGUUAGGAGUGAUAGCUUUUCUGCAUCCGUGCUCCAUAGAAUCUGUCCUUCGCAGACAUCCCUGGAAUGAAAGGAUUUGGUUUCCACUCUUUUUAUUAGACUGUGUAUUUUUUUUUUUAGCCUCUGUUUUCUCCCAAGGCUAUGAAGCAAUACAGACAGGUACUGCUUUGAUCCCUCUCAGACCUGUUUCUAAGAGCUGAGAGCAAGGGGAGGCUGUCAGAUCGCUUCCCACGCCAGGAACUGGGCUCUGCCGAGGGCCUCCUUAACGCUGCUGGGCUGACUCUCAUGGGUUGACACUGCCCUUUUUUCUUUUAUUGUGAAAAAAUAAAAUCCUCAGAGUCUUUGGGAGUCUUCAAAAAAAAUGGGAGAUGCUUACCUACAUAAAUGUUAAAGGAUCAUAUCUUGUGUAUAGAAGUAAUAAGGCCACAUGAAAUUACUGCACUAAAAGAAUAGUUUAGUUUUUUCGUCAAGACAAAAAAAAUGUAUUUUGAAAUGCUGCUAAAUAUUGAUGCUGACAGUGUUUUUCUCCUGUGAGUGACCCAAGCAUAUUAUAAAUAGUUGGUAAAGGGAAUGGAGCCUUUGGGUUGAGGAGAAUGUUGCACUAGCUGGGCCUGGAACUGAGUAGCACAGCUUUAUGAUUAUGGGAAAACAAAUUCUUAAAACUUUUUUUUUCUCUUCCAAAGAUGCUUUCUGUGGGGUGGCCAUUAAGUCUAGAAAUAGAGAUAAUACAGUUUUGUCAUUCUUUAUAAUGUACUGUCAAUAAACUGUUUAUUGAAGAUUUGCCUGGUUUCCAGACUUGGUGGCCACCUGUUGUAAUUCUUGCUCUCCUCUGGGAAGAACAAUGAAAUUUAUUACUGUUGCCUUAAAAAUAAAUAC